AUGACCAACACGAAGCAGGGAAGCCAUGGAGGUUCGACGCACAGCUCAGUGCCGAAUGCGAAGAAUGCUUCUAUCAAGGUUGGAAUUCGUGAUGGCGUCAUUGGCGAGUUCAAUCUGGUACCUCGAGCGGAAGCUGUAGUCUCAGUAUUUGACUCAAAUUUCUUGAUCGGCGAUGGCAUCUGGGAAGGCAUUCGUGCAAACAAGGGCCGAGUUCAGUUUGCUAAAGAGCACAUAAACCGUCUCUUCCAGUCCGCAAAGGCCAUGUACAUGGACCUCGGCCUGUCAAAAGGCGACCUCCUCGACCUCAUUCACAAGACCCUAGAUGCCAAUGACAUGGGAGAUGAUGAACAUGUUCACAUUAGACUUGUCGUUAGUCGUGGCUUGAAAGCUACACCCUACCAAAACCCAAAGGUCAACAUUGGUCUUCCUCUCAUCGUCAUCAUUCCCGAGUCUAAGGCUGUUGAUCCCAACUCCAAGUCAAGAGGACUCAGACUCGCGACAACAUGGGUCCGUCGUGGCCCGCCCGAUGUCAAGGACGAGCAGUGGAAUCACAUCUCAAAAGCCACUGAUGUACAAGCUUGCAUCCAUGCGAACGUGAUGAACGUCGACGAGGCGCUCAUGCUUGACCUACGCGGCUUUGUCAAGACAUGCAACUCAGUCAACUUCUUCAUCGUUCGUGGUGAUGAAGUCUGGGCCCCUACCAAGGAUAACCAGAUGCAAGGGAUUACCCGCCAAAAGACCAUUGAUGUUUGCCGAGCGAAUGGCAUCACUGUUCGAGAGCUCGACUUUACUCUCACCGAGACAUAUGGGGCAGAUGAGGCUUUCUGUACAGGGACUUUCCCCUCCCAAAUUCACGUUACUGAGAUUGAUGGGCGAGUAAUUGGUGAUGGGAAGAGAGGCCCUUUGACGGAGAGGAUACAGCAAUUGUACUCGGAGCUUGUGCGGAAGGACGUGGAGAGAUCAAGGGACGAGAUCAAGGCGGAAGUGGUUAGUCCACGAGAUUUGUCGUUCUUGAAGUCAAAACUAUAA